CAUUUUCAUCAUCAAAUAAUCAUUUUUUCUAUUCUAUCAAAUCCAAAAGAGUAGAAUUUUGCCACGAAAAGAAAAUUCAUACCAUGAAGGACGACAGUAGUCCUACACCACUAAUUGACGUUAUUAUUGUGGGCGGAGGCCUCAGCGGCCUAAUGAUAGCCCGUUAUUUGAAGAACAGCACAGCAAGUUGGAAACUUUUGGAGGCGUCGUCUCGCAUCGGCGGUAGGCUACAAAACGACGUCGGUAGCGAUGGCCCAAGCAGGAACAUAGAUCUCGGAGGCGCAUGGGUCUGGCCCCGACAUCAACGGACGAUUAUGGCAGCUUUGGUAGAUUCUCCCUUGCUGGGAAUCAAAACGUUUCUCCAGCCUGGCGAUGAUUACAGAGCAUCGGAGACCACCAGAAUCGUUGGAGGCGCUGUCGAAUUAGCAAUCAAAAUAUACGAGGAAUUGCAGGUGACCAACAACGUACAACUCAAAUGCCCAGUCGUUGCCAUAAGGAAAAAUUCGGAUCGAAGCAUUGCUGUUGAAUUGAAAAGCGGCGAGGUCAUUCGUUGUCGACAUGCUGUAUUGGCGGUACCACCGAGGAUUCUUUCCGAAAAAGUCUCCUUCGAUCCCGACUUGCCAAACGCAAAGAUGGCUGCCAUGUCGCAAUCCGAAACCUGGAUGGCAGGUGUUACUAAGGUUGCGUUGGUAUACAAAGGAUCCCCUUCCUUCUGGCCUCUCAUUGUUAGCGAAGCAGAUAACAUAGUAUCGCCAAGAAAAAGGAGGCCGGCCUUUCAGGUCUACGACGGCUCCCCAUUCUCCUCGCUGCCAUCGUCCACCAAUACGGAGAACGAUGACAAGGUAUCUGUUCUCACCUUUUUCACCUUGGCCAGUCUCAGCAACGACACGAACGAUGACGACAGGUUGGCCAAUGAUUGUGCGGAACAACUGUGCGAUUCUUUGUCCACGGAAGCCAUUCGGAAAGUCCCAGUUCUUGAUAAGUACAUUCGAUCUUUUGACGAAUUUCAUGUCAAGAGGUGGCCACAGGAAGCAUACAUCAGUCACAACACGAAUCCGAUGACUAUCACGCCCCACCCUCAACCGAUUCCGGAACUGGCAAAAUCGGAAUGGGACGGAACGCUGCUUUUCGCUGGGACCGAAACGGAUCAACGUUCGCCAGGAGUGAUGGAGGGCGCUGUGGGGGCAGCAUUUCGCGUGAUUAGUGAACUCAAGCAAAAACUAUCUCAAUAGACUUUCACUUGAAAACUAAUCUAUUCAAGAGACAACAAUCGAGAGGCUAGCAGAUAUCUUAUCACUCUGAUUCAUUUUAGCGUAACGCUGAGCUUCUAUAGAUUUAUUUAUAUGCUGUGUUUAGCGAGAAAAUGAAUAGCUAGUUGUUGA